CCGUACCUUAAUUUUAGGCUUAAAAAUGACCCUUCCCUUGUCUUUAAUUUUCCUAUUUUUCCUUUUUAUCAAUUACCCUCUGAAUUCUGCCCAAUAUUUGCAACAAGCCUGGCAAACUCCGUCAAAUGGCCACUUAGCCUCCACAUAUUCUUCAUCUCCCUUUGAUCGUUGUUGUUUCUGUUGUUGUUUUUGCCCUGUUCCGUUUACACAAGUAUGGCAACAACAACAGCCAUUUCCUGGUGGAGACAAUAAGUUUCCUCCUUCUCAGGGUUAUGGACAAAGUCCGCAAAUGCAUCCAUAUCAAGCACCUAAUGCGGGUUACCACAGCCAGCAACCUGUCCAAAUGGGAGGUGAACAUACAGGAAGUUCAAUGCAACAAAAUAAAUACCCACCGUCCAUGCAAGCAGCAAGAAUUGCUGGGAGUCCAACUGCCGGGUAUUGGCCUUCUUUGAGCGAGUCAAAUCCUGAACACGGACAACAAAAACAGUCAACAGAAAGCAGUGACUUUUGGCAGAAUUUUCAAGGAAUGGAUCAUCCAAAUCAGAAUAAGGUAGGGACAUAA